CCCAACACUCACAUCGACAAGACCGUCCAGGGUUCAAGCCUUCAGGUGUCUACGCUCUGUCGGAGCGGCCAUACAGAGACGUGGUGCAGCCAACCUGUCAUCAGGCGGAAGCCAGUUGGCAACAUCCUGGUGGCUGCUGCAAUCCUCUUCACGGGCUGCAGCAUCAAGAAGGCCCUGCGGAUGCUCAGUAGCAUGGGCAUCGCCUGUUUCUGCUACAAGACCUUCUUUAUUAUUCAGAAGGCCUUUCUGCUCCCGGCAAUCGAGAAGGUGUGGAACAAGCACCAGCUGGAGCUGGUCUCGGCCGCAGCAGGAAGGCAGCUGGUCAUCGCUGGGGAUGGGAGAGCGGACUCGCCUGGCCACUCCGCCAAGUAUGGUACAUACACCAUGCUUGACGUCGAGGACAACAAGGUUCUCCAUGUUGAAACCGUCCAGAGCAAUGAAACGGGUGGCAGCUACCACAUGGAGUUGGAGGGCCUUAGAAGGUCUCUAGACAUUUUCGAGGCCCACUCUCUCGUAGUGGCAGUGCUUGUGACAGACAGGCACCCCCAGCUGAGUGCUUGGUUGGAACGGGAGCACCCGGACAUCUGCCACCUCUUUGACUGCUGGCACGUUGCAAAAGCCAUCAAGAAGAAGCUGGUUGCAGCUGGGAAGUCGCGGCAUUCCGAGGACCUCAGCAGCUGGACCAAGUCGGUGGUGAACCACCUCUACUGGUCUGCAGGCUCAAGUGCUGAGGACCAAGACCUGAUCCUGCCCAAGUGGUGCUCCCUGGUGGCUCAUGUGGCAAAUGUCCACACACACCUGGACCCUCUCUUUCCGGAGUGCCAGCACAAAGAGCUCAACAAGAAGUGGCUACUGGAAGGUUCUCCCGCACACCAGAAACUUAAGGAGAUUGUGUUGUCAAAGCACCUUCUGCGGGACAUUCCCAGCCUCUCACCAUCAGCACAAACUUUUGCCACGGAGUGCUUUCAUAGCACUUUGUUGAACUUCGCACCAAAGCUGGUGCACUUUGGGUUCCGGAGCAUGACGGCAAGGACCUACCUGACAGCCUUGCACUACAAUGAAAAUGCAGCGAGGCCCCAGGCGACAACGAAAGAAGGCGAAAAAAGAUGGGCGGUGAAGUAUCCGAAAGCAAGGAAGGAGGCCGUUGCUGCUAAGCUCAAGGGACCCUGCACCUAUGAGUACGUGGGGGAGCUGAUGGAUGCUGUGCUUGACAUCUCCACCGUCAUGCCCUCGUACAAGGCCGCUGCAGCUCACUACUGCCGGGACGCUCCUCCCUUUCUCUCCAGUGCCUAUGAGCGUGCGGACAAACGAGCACUGGCAGAGAACCACUAUUCGAGGUUCAAUUCCUAG